CACCUGGCAGGGCGUCACACCCACCACCACCAGCUCCCUCAGGUCACGUCUUAUCUCACAGUGAAUCUCAUGUAGCUUUUAACUUUUGACAUGCCUUAUUUAUCUGAGACAAUGAAGAAAGACGCUCCUAUAGAUUGACGGUAUUUGUACAACACGAGUGAACGCUGGAAGGAUAGUUAAUCUGUUAGUAAAUAUUAAUACUGAAGAACGUACUGGUAGAAUGGACACUGAUGAUGAUAUCAGUGCACUGGAGGAAGAGGAGGAAGAGGUUGCACUUUUGUGCCAUGCAAAUCCAUCAUGUGAAUUAGAGCUGUCACAUCCCUCCUACAACCCAGAACCAACUUGUUCUUCACCCUGCAACUCAGAGCCAUCAUGCCCUCCCACUCAGAGCUCAACAACUUCUCGAGACGAUCUUUUGUCAUCAGACAAUGAAGAUGAUCCUGUCACUUCACUAGCAUCAAGGACUCCACCUUACUCUUUCUCUGCUUCUAGGAGGGAGUGCAGGACUGUCGUCAGAUAUGUUAUCCAAUCAGCACGUACUCAGAUAACUAAAGAGGAAAAGUUUGUGGUGUACACAGUUGAGGCACAGCGAUUCCUACAAUACUCCGAGGGGGAGGAUGGUGUAUCAUAUGAGCCCAUACUCAAGAAGUGCGCCACGUUUGAACGCAGAUAUUCCGAGUUCCUCUCUGUGUACAAUGCUUUGAUGGAUUCUCAUAGAUCCCUCAUGGAGGAAUUUGAAGGUUUCCCCAAGAAGGUUCUUAUAGGUAACUUCAGCAUGGACGUGAUUACGGAUCGUUGCAAAGGAUUGGCGCGAUUUAUGAAUUUUGUACAGGAUGAGGGAGUGCUGAGUCGUACAGCUGUUUUCUCCAAGUUCCUGUAUCAUCCAGAGGUAACGAUAAGCAAUAAUCUCCUUCUCCAUUCUCAGUUUGAAGAAGCAUGUCCUAUCCUAGAAAAUACUUAUAUACUAUUGAGUAGUCUUCACUGGGACACUGGACUCAUCCUCCGAACACUCUGCCAGUUGAUCGUUUGCUUACACGCCGUGAGUAAUUACGAUAGAGCUUAUGUGUUCUCUCAGAUUGCUCUUAAGAAAUUUAAGUCACAUAGUAACAGAAAGAUAGGUAAAGGUCUUUAUUUUCCACUUCUAAUGUUUUGUGACAGUCUCUGGCGGCUGUUAGGGAAGGAUAAGACUUACAUCAGAAGCAAAAUUGAACUUUUACGAAAACAGAGGAGGCAAGAGGAUGUUGUACCAAACUUGCUCGAUGUACUUCGUGAUGAAAUUGCUUUACGAACUCUCCACUGAAAGGAAUUAUUGUUGUGAAUCUCUUUGAAAGGAUUUCCAUUGUGCUAUGAUUUGUUCCUACGGAGGGCUUUACAGGUUCAUAUUUUAAAGAAUUAUGUGCUGCAGUCUAUUGGUUGAUGUACAAACUAUCCAUUAUGGCAUUUUGUUUCAUCAACUUAAUAUUCAAUAUACUUAUUAUUUUUUGAGGUAAUGACUGUAAUAGGCACAUUAAAAGACUCCCAGUACAAUAUCUGAAAAAUAGGUGUAUUGGUAGACAUAUACAGUAGAGAAUAGGGUUGUACUCAUCAUCAGAGACUAUAGUGGUGUUGAUGUCUCUCACCAGUGUGUUCUGGGGUCAAUCCCGAUCCAGGUCAGAUGUGAGAAAGGUGUAAUCCAAUGUGACCUUAGUAAUCAUUGCAGGUUUUCUCUGAGUACUCCAUUUUUCUCCUUUACUAAUACUGGACAUCUGUUUGCCUCCCCUUCUAUCUAAAGCCAAGAUAUAGGGAACGAUGGGGGUGAUAUGGCUGAUGUCUUGGUGUUGGUCAUGUGAUGUCUCUACAUCUGAGGUGUUUGCUUAUUAACAAUUUAUCAGCAUUGCUUGUAUGCUCCUUUUGGCUUUACACCUUAGUCACUACCAUUCACACUUGCCAGGGUGAUGAAAUGGGGUUUGGUAUCCUCAAAAAAAUACUGUACAUAAAGAGCAUAUAUGACCACUAGAAUAUGAUGUGGGCAGAACACAAGACUGAAUCUGGGACGGUGGUGUUUUUGGAUCCCCGGGGUAGAGUCUGAAUGGACCAUUGUAGUGAAGUUACUUGGUAUACUGAGCUGAUUUUGAGAAAACAAAGAGUACAUAUACACUAUUUAAGAAAUAGGGUCUGAUGUUUACAGAUUUAUUGGUACAGUAGUUAAAGUUCAGUUUGAGGGGUUCCUGUAUUCAUAUAAUUUGAUACAAAAUGGUAGGAUUAUUUAGAAUUUCUUUUUACAUAUACAGUACAGUAUGUAAUAUUGAAAGAAUUUCAUUGGACUUUCUGUAUGCAGAACUGUGUGUGUUUAUGCUGUUUGUCUUAUGUGUUACACUUAUUUUAGAUGGUUAAAACUGUAUUUAUAGUAAAAUUUAGGUAAUAAUUCUGCUAGUAAGGUGUUAUAAAUAGAGUUCUCAUACUUAGUUUUUUUUCUCAUAAGGUUUAUUUUUGAGUAGUACCCGUACAGUAUUGGUAAUGAAACUCAUUUGGGUUCUGAGAAAAAUAUGCAAAUCCCAAAAUCUACAAAAAUCACAUUUCAUGAACAAAUUAACAGUAAUCUGACUACCUGUACUGUAUUACUCUUGUAAAUUGUAAAGAAAAAAGCACAAUACAAUAUACCCUUUCUUGUGAAUCUUGGAGUGUCAAUUUAUUUUAUUUAUUUUUACUCCAAAAGACCUUGAAAAAUCCUCCCCAUGCUUGCAGAAGGUGGACAGAUAAUAUAAUUUACCUUAUUACUACUGUGUGGAGCUUACAGGCCUGAUAUGACAUUUGGAAAUAAAUGCAUUCUUAUCUUAUAUCCAGCACCUCACUCCACUAUAAGGUGGGAUGACCUGGGCUGAAGAGUCUCAAGGCCAUAUUUUGUUUUGUCCCUAAAUAUAAGCUGAACCCAAGGUGUUUGCAGUGAUUAACUAGCUUUUAAGACAAUAUAUUCCAGUUGUGGUAAUAAGAUGCAGGAGAGCAAUAAUGUCUUCUAUCAUCCUGUGUGGAAGAAUGAGUAAAAAUUUCUAAGGAAAAAAAUUCUUGACUUUUUCUCUGGAAAUUUUUUGUCUUGAUUUAAUAGUCUUUUGGUAUACGUAUACUGGUAACCUGUUCUGGUGUUUCCCUCUUGGUUGCAAAUCAUAUUAGUUCCAGUCCUAAUAAAUCCAAACUUAACCUGGCCAUUAGGAUUGGGGCCCAUUAGAAUUGACCCCUUUAAGUUAGGUGUAGGCCCGUUAUGGCAGAGUCCUAUAUGAUCAGUCACCAUCCUGUUAUAGUAUACUGUAUGGUAAUUGUGUGGUGGUAAAACUCUGCUGUGGAUCCAUUACUUUAAACAUAUUCAUGAAGGAUUUUUAUUGUAAUAACCAAAUAUUUAUGUUGCCUCUAAAGACAAAAGUAUUUGAAUCUAAGCAUUUAAACAGGCAUUUUUUCCUACGAGAUGUUUUAGUCCACAAUUGUUAAUGGUUGUCUCACUACCAGUUAACAUAUAUCUCACCUAAGCUUAUUAUCUAUAUGAUGUUUUGAUGCUUUCAUUCCCAGAUAUAUUUGUUACUCAUUUAAGUUGAUAUUCUCCUUUGCUUGCACUAUAAUAAUUGUAUGUGCCAGAGGGUAGAAAAAAUUCCUUAAAGCUGUCAUUAAAUUAGUUCAGUUAAAUAAAGUUGAGAAUAAUUAGGAGAGAAAAACAUUAAAUUAAGGGACACAAUUGGUAGACUUUAGCUGUGCAGGUAUUAGUGUGGGCUGGGAGGAAGCAUUUCUCGCCCUGUCCACCAGUCAGAAAACAUAUUAACGAAGUUGGCUAAUGUAGCUAAAAAAAUGAAAAGUGGGUGCAUCCACAUUCAGAAAACCACUCAGGAUUCCCCACUGCCUCUAAUAUGGUACAACUUAGUCCUUCUAACCAGUAUAAUCCACUUGAUAGAGGUAAAAAAACUAGUAGAGGUCACUGUAAAGUCUAAUGUUAAGUUGUGAAUGGUAGCAAUCAUGUCUCUUCAAUUUUGUUUAAGAAAUAAGUAAUGGAAUCUUGUGUGUGUAUUGCAAACCCCUAGCCGUCAGGUAGUGUAUGAUACCUGUAUAUUUUGACAAUUUGGGAAACAUUAUAUGUAUAGGUUAGAUUUUAAAUGCAUUGUUAUGCUCAUGGGAGCCAUUGAUAUUUAAAGGUCUAAUUUGUUAUAGUUAUUGAAAAUUCACUGUACAGUAUGUUCUAUAAUUGUUAAUUACCAUUAUUAUUGAAAAUUUGUUUUCACAUGCAUUUGAAGUUUUAUUGGCAGCUGAUCCAUACUACAGUACUUGGCGUGUAUACUCAGGAUUCUACUCACUGACCACGUGUCAUAAGCAGGCAGUUUUGGGGAGAUACACCCAUCCUGUGUGUUGGUAGGCCCAUGUAGCUGUCACUGUGGGUUCAUUUGUAAGUGUUCAUUUUAUGUGGCCACAUUGUGACAAUGAGCCAUCCCUAACCUAUUUGUCCCCAAAAAGAAAAGAAAUAAGAAAAUUAAAAUCAUUAGGAUGGAAUAUUUACUCUGAAAACCUUCAACAAUCUUGAACCUCUUGUCAGUUAAAGCUGUGUAUAUAUUUUCAUAGUUUUUAACCUCAUUAGUUCCCCAACAAACAGUUUUGGGGGACACAGCUGUAAUGCUUUCCUUUCCAUCUGUGACACUUUGCAUGGCAUUUCUUGUAGACACCAUGAUUUCACUUUUGCUUGGGAUUGUAGUCCUGUUAUCCACUAAGUUGUAUUUAGAGUUAUAGCCACAUUUUUUUUAUUUUUUUGUCAGGGGACUACCCCAUUACCAGUGGCUCUCAUUUAGAUUUGAAUGAAUUUAGGGAAAUUUGCUAAUUUAUGAGAGAUUAGAUACUCAACAUUCCAGGCUAGAUAAUUAUGGCAUCGUCAGAAGUGAAGUGUCACGAUUUCAUCCUAUAUUUUGUUCACUUAAGGUGAAAUAACCAAUAUCACUUUGCUUUUGGAGAAGAUGACUAGUUCUUAAGUAUUUGUAAAAUUACAUACCAGUGUUCAUCAAUGCCUAGUAUACUUUGUCAUCUUUUUUUAUAACUGUUUUGUCCCAUGACAUUUUAGGUAACUGAUUUAUAUGUAUUUACAAUAUUUUAGAGUUUUAUAUUACGUACAUAGAAAUGCUCAAAUAAUUAUAGUUGGAUUUAUCUUUUACUUAUUAUGGAGGGAAGAUUCAUUAUCUGUUUAUGUAUUUUCUGUCAAAGACUUUGGUUCAUAAACUUGACUUAAUAGACCUGACACACAAGACUUGACCUUUCUUACAAGACAUAAUUAAUUUAUAAGAAUUAACCUCAUUUACAGUGCAGUACUUGUAAGACUUGACCAACCCCUAACACACCACUUCACUUACUCAUCCCCUUCUGUUUCAGAUAAUUCCUCUGUAGUAAAGAUUUUGGAAUUGAUUUUGAACCGAGAUAUAAACAGACUGGUAAUAAGAAAUAAAAAAUCUAAAAUGAAUAUAUAAGUACCAAUAGGUUUCAAAAUAAUGUACGUAGUCAUAAACCUGUUCAUGCUGAGUACAGUACUGAAUGAUGAGAGAUGCGGCCAGAGAGUACCUGUCAGUCACACUGUGGCUGGUUGAAACACACAUGAUUAGAAAGCAAACUACAUAUACAAGAUAAUUCCUACUGAACCAAUUAACCUAACCAAACCUACCCAUGGAUUGUUAGGUUUAAUUUGGUUGGUUCUGUCUGCGAUCAUCAUGAGGUACUACAGUACGUACAGUAACAUGAUUUUGCUCUUGAACCAGUCACAGUGAGAUAGGGGCCCACUGGCAAUGUGUUGAUGAAAGCUUGUGUGUGUAGAUAAUAAAUAUAUAGUUGCAUAUAUAUAAUAAUACAUACAGUAUAGACAAAUGGCAUGAAUUGUAGCUCGACUGCUUCGGUUUAUUUUUCUUGUAACUAGUGUUUAAUUUGUCAUUAGAUACAGUGCAGUACAUGGUAAGUUAAGAGCAUUAGGGAAUGUUUCUUAAUUUAAAUAUCUAAAUUUUCAACAGAACCAAAGCUUCUUUUCUUGUCUCUUGUUUGUAAAUCCACCAAAAUACUUCUUGAUUUCAUCAUUUUUUUGAAGAAGUCUUCUUUUGUAUAAAAUAGUCAUGAACUUAGACCAAAGAUUUUCCUUAGUCCAGAUGCCAACCCCAUUCUUUUGGGGAUUUUUUUGUGCCAUUUUGUGUAAAGCAACAAUUAUUUUGAUAACUGGUUAGUUUGGAUAACACUGUACACGAGGGUGAACUAGAUGGUUACCUUGGAGUAUUGUCGUUGAAGGGGAGCACUACAGUAGAACUUGACAAGCAAGGCAGGGAGACAGUAAUGAAGAAUCUGUGUUGUUCUCGAGUCCAGCAACUCGGUGAGGUCAUGCCAGUGGACUUAGAAGAGUUAAAUAAAGAAGAUUAGUUUAUUUCCUUAUUGAUGAGCUCUAUUAGGGUAGUCACUACCGUUAUACGUAUAUAAUAAUUUCAAGAAUAUGGUAAUUUAGUACAGUAUCAGGAAUGUGUUACAGAAAUGACCAUAUUCUUUAUAUCAUCAGAUUAGUUGUAUUAAUUGUUACUAAAUACAAGCAGAAGGAUGAUGGCCUAUUAACAUUUAAAAUGAGGAUUGCAAACAAUUUGGCCAAUACUGUAUGGUGAAUUCUUAUACCAACAUGAAUACUGUACACAAAAGACAUGGAAAAAUUGUUUUUCAUUUGAAAAUUAUAAUAGAAACUUCUGGAGAAAAAACUCAUUGAUAUUACUAAUACUGUACCCCUUUUAUAGAAUAAUUAAUGAUUUUGAACAAUUACUGUACACUCACCAAUGCACCAUUUUAUGAAUUUAGGAAGAAUAUGGUAAUUUAUGUGUAAGUGAACCACAAAAUAAGGAAAGAAUGAGUACGAGGACCGAAGGAUAAAUGCAAGACUCACUGGGACAUCCAAGUUCCGUAGAGAACACAGAUUGUGUGAAAAACUGUUGUUGCUUUACACAAAGUUGGAGAAUCAGCUCAGAUUUCACACUACUUCUCAUAUUUUGUCUUCUGGACCAUUCUGUGAUAGGCUUCCAAGACCAAUCUGUCCUGAUCAUUUAUUUUUGUAUAUGUAUUUUUGGUAUCUUCUUUCACGGAGAUUUGUAAAUUCGUAGAAGUGGAAUAUUUUGAUAAGCUUGUGCAGAAAUUAAGAAAAUAAAAUGUUUAACUAA